CAGGUCCGAUGUGUGAUGAGGCAGCAGAGGGGAAGAGGAAAGGUCGCCCUAAAGCAGAAGUGCAGGAACUGAGAAGCAUCCCUGCCCAUAUGAUAGUACAAUGGAAGGAGGAGUUUAAGCGCCGCUCCAGAGUUAAGUGUCCGCGUUCGGGCUGCUGGUUAGAGUUCCCCAGCAUCUAUGGCGUCAAGUACCACUAUCAACGCUGCCAGGGGGCCACCGUAGCCGAGAAGCUGAGUCAUGGCUGUCCCUACUGCGAGGCGGUGUUUGCCACGAAGGUGCGCCUGCAGAAGCACAAGCUGUGGAACCACCCAGAGAGGCCGAACGUGGAGCCCAAAGACGCGCAGCCCAAGCUCCAAAAGGCCCACAUCAAGUCCAACGCCAAGAAAAGGCCCAUGGAGAACGGACCCCCCUCUCCCUUGUUCUUCAAAGUGAAAAAGAUCCACGAGGGGUCGGCGCCCUCCCUCAAUGGAGAGCUGGCCCACCAGAAGAGCGAGAGGAAACUGCACAGCCACGGCCCGCCUCCGCAGCAGAUUCACCAGUCCCAGCCGGUCCAGCCUCAAUCCCACCAGUCCCAGCAGCCCCACCAUCUCCAUCAGCCUCACCAGCCCCACCAGUCCCACCAGCCCCACCAUCCCCAUCAGCCCCACCAUCCCCAUCAGCCUCACCAGCCCCACCAGUCCCAGCAGCCCCACCAGUCCCAAAGCACGUCGUCCGACGGCGAGGGCACCGACAGCGACGGGGACAGCCUUCCCGCCUCCUUCCCCGACGAGGACCCGGAGCGAAUGAGGCACAGACGGAAGCAGAAAACGCCGAAGAAGUUCACCGGAGAGCAGCCUUCCAUAUCUGGGACGUUUGGAUUGAAAGGUAUGACCAAGGUGGAGGAGAAGCUGAAGGCGGGCCGCGUGAAGCGAUCAGAAGGGAGCGGGUUCAGUGAGGACCCUCAGAGAAGACCUGCUGCAAGUCAGACCUCCAAGAAAGAUCCAGCUGCAACCAGCUCUGGUGCCGACACCCACUGGCAGCGAGCCAUCCACGAGCGGGGCGAGGUGGUGUGUCCCACCUGCUCCAUCGUCACCAGGAAAACAGUCCAGGGCCUGAAGAAGCACAUGGAGAUCUGCCAGAAGCUCCAGGAUGCCCUGAAGUGCCAGCAGUGCCACAAACAGUUCAGGUCCAAGGCCGGCCUCAACUACCACAGCAUGGCCGAACACACCGCCAAGCCCUCGGGAAGCGACGGCCAGACGGGCGACAAGCACGAGGAGCGGGAGCGGCUGCGGCGGGUCCUCAAGCAGAUGGGACGGAUCAAGUGUCCCAGCGAGCACUGUGGGAAAACCUACCACUCCAAAGCCGGCAGAGACUACCACGUACGCACCGAGCACCCCCCGGCCAUCGCAGCCACCGCCGCCGCCACGACCCCCACCCCCGCCAACAACAGGGACCUCCUCGCCGACACCAACAACAACACGGGCAAAGACGGGGUGGCCUCUGGGGAGUCUCCGCCUCCAGGGAGGAAGGAGCAGAGCCAGCCUGAGAAGAAGGACUGGACCCCGGUGGGCCCGCCCAAGGAGAAGGAACGAGAGGCCGGGGACAAGGAGCGGGACAAGGAGAGGGACAAGGAGAGGGAGCGGGUCAAGGAGAGGGAGUGGGUCAUGGAGAGGGCGCCGCAGGCCGCCAGCCAGGGCGACGACUUUGAGCGCACGCCGAGCGGCAGGGUGAGGCGCCGGUCGGCUCAGGUGGCCGUGUUCCACCUGCAGGAGAUCGCGGAGGACGAGCUGGCCAAGGACUGGGGCACCAAGCGCCGCAUCAAGGACGACCUGGUGCCGGACAGCAAGAGGUUAAACUACACCCGUCCGGGCCUCCCCAACUUCAGCCAAGGGCUCCUAGAGACCUGGAAGAACCAGGUGAAGGAGAAGGGCUUCAUCUGCUGCACCAACGAAAACUGUGAAGCCGUGUACUCCAGCGUGUCGGGACUGAAAGCCCACCUCGCCAACUGCAGCCAGGGUGGUGGAGAACUGGGAAAGUACACUUGUCUGAUCUGUCAGAAGGACUUUAGCUCGGAGAGCGGUGUGAAGUACCACAUCAGCAAGACACACUCACAGAACUGGUUCCGCACGGCCGCCAGCCAAGCGGCCGCCGGCGCCAAGGCCAAGGCGCCGGAGAACAACGGCGUCAAGGGCGAGCCGAGGAACGGCGCCACCGGCAAGAAGAGGGGCCGCAAGCCCAAAGAGCGCCCCCCCGUGGCCGCAACCGAAGCCUCGCCCGGCACUCCGGGCUCGACCCCCCCGCAUUCCCCCGCGCGGAGCCCCGCCCCGACGGACGCCGGCGGGCGGAGCAGACCCUAGAGGCUUGGGGGGGGCGUGGCAUGCCGUGGCGUGGGGCCCCUCGAAGGAGCUCGCUGGACUCUUGAGGGGACAGGAAGUGGGACGUUCAGCGCGGACCUUUUUCGGUGUCGGCGCGUCUACCGCUGCGAGCGGCGCUCUCGGGACGGUAGCGUUUUAUUCCUUCAUUCCGCCUUUGUCUCCUUUGAAAACAUUUUCUGUUUGAGUAAAUCAACGGCGCGAGCGUUUUCUAAAGCGUAGCGGUGUAGAGAGCGGGUUAAAAGGAUAUUCUAUUAGCAUGGCGAUGUAGUUAACGAUAGUGUUCUCACUCUUUCUUUCCUCCCUCCCACAGAUAUACUGUACUGUGUACAUAAACAAUAUCUAUAUCUAUAUAUCUAUAUACUCAAAGCAAUGAUGCGUCGGAUCAUGGGCAGCGUGUAGUGCAAUGAGCAUCCUUUCUCCGUGGUCUUCAUUCGUCUUGGUUUCUCAUUUUGAGUUUUAGUUUUUCAUGUUUUGAAGUGAGCAAAUGUCACAUAAGCUAAAAUGUUCUUAAUCACUUAUUUCAUCCUCCAGCUACGACGUGUAGUUUCCUUCCUGCACCGCGUGAGGAUGGAAGAUAUCUGUUGCUCUUACACUUAAGUUAAUAAGCAGAACCUUACCCCCCCCCACCCCCGACCCCCCCGGACCCCCCGGACCCCCCGACCACCCCGAGAAGUGAUUGUUGUCCAGCGGUGAGGGAUCAGUCCACACGUAAUGAGGCAUUCUUUCGUUCAUUCAGAACCCUUGAAGAGGGGCAGGACGUUUGGCGCGGAGCUCGUUGCAGCACAAUCAAAGGAGGCUGCGGCUUCGGCUUCAAUCAGAGAACGUGUUUUUAUAGGGAGGCCGAGGGAAAUACUCUUUUAUCAAAGCAGCGGAGAAGAAAAUAAUCUCAAGUGAAGAUUCUCUCAUGUUGAUGUAUAUGAAUUAACUCAAAGUUGUCGCCUUGCACUUUAACCCGUAACCCCUCCCGCUCCCCUCCUGUAUUUUUGCACUGUGGGAGAAAUAUUUUACUGUAGAGAUUAAAAAAAACUAAAUUUGUCCUGACACGGAUAACGCUUGAGUCUGUGGAUGGAAUCUGUAAUCCAACGUGACUCGACACACAAAGCCAUAACGGGUCUCACAGUUAGUUCAGCUUAGAUUCUAAGGAGGAUGAUAGCGAUCCAAUAUUAUUUAAGACAUUUACGAAUCUAAAACGUGUGCAAUCACAGAAUAUUUUGACUUUAACAUGUUUAAAGUAGAUACUUGAAACCACAGUUAUACUAAUAUUUGAUUUAUAUUUGGAGUCUGCAUCCAUGAAAACAAUGACUUGAAUAAAAACAGAUCAUAAAUCUAUUUUAUAUUCUCCCCACAUGGGAAUCUGACAGCUUUUGGACAAAGUUGUGAUGUGGGGAUAAUAAAGGGUAAUAAAUGAAUAAAUGAUAAUAGAUAAAGGGUGCUUUAUUCGCCACUCUACCUUAAUCCAUCCCGACGUUUCCUCCUCACCGGCAAGUCGUCUGAGCUUUUUGUCAACGUCAUCAUUCAACAAAGACGAAUAAUAAUCUCGCACUGAUGUCAGCAGAACAUUUUCAAGAAAAUUUAAAAGAUAAUAACAAUAAUGUGUCCCAGGUGGUGUCGUCCCUACGCCGUGACCCUUUUUUUAUAUCGCAGAUGCGGAGAUGGGACCUGAAUUUCUCCGUCGUUAAUCAGCUGGCGGAGCUUCGUUCAGGUGGGGAUGAUUAUGCACGCGUUCCGUCUCUUCUAUCCAGGUUCAAACCGACGGACAGGACGAGUUAGACAAGCACUGAUCGGUCCUCGGACCCCGUUUUCUUUCUUUUUGUUCGAUAUGAAGUCUGUCCAGACCUUGUGUGUGUGUGUGUCUGUGUGCGUGUGUGCGUGCGGGUGAAACAGUUAGCACCUUUGUAAAAGGCCGGAUUGUGAGGGACGGUCACACAGUUUUCCUGUGGAGCGUCGGCACAGAAUCGGCCCAUCGGCUGCUUGUUGCGCGCUUGGUCGACGACGCCACGUGAGCGCGUUCACCUGGCGAGCGUCGGUGUUGCAAUACGACAGCUAGGCACUGCUUUUCGACAGUGGGUAUUUUAUAUAUUUUAUCACGCGCCCUUUACUAUCCGUCUUCCUACCAUGUGGAGAACACGCUUGCACCCCGCGGUGCGUGUUAGAGAGUACAGCAAUACACCGUGUUUAGCUGGAUAUCUUGUUGGCUUGCUGAUAUUUUGAUAUUGACGUGUUUUUCUCAAAAUUGUAUGGCUUUUCCUUUGCCCCCCGCCCGCCCCGCCCCCAUUUGUUUGCUUUGAAAGAUUACACAUUAUGAAAUUUAAACAAAAAAUAGGUUGAUUAAAACCUGGGCUUGUUUCCGCUGUACGAGAUGACAAACACAUGGAGAGGGUCCUUCAUUAUUAUCUACUCGAUAUGGGACAACAAGGCAUAUGUGCGUGUGUUUGUGUGUGUGUUUAGUGCACUUACUAUACCAUGAGCUAGGCUUGACAUAGGAGUGUUGUUGGAGCUUUCUAGUUACCCUGACUGUGUGUGCUGUGACUUUUGUACCCGGGGAAAGCAGCAGGCUCAAGCGUCUUCCCUUUUGUCAGCAAUGUUAUUUCCAAAAAAAAAACAAGGUCGAACCUUAGAAAUUUCCCCCGAGACCGGCUGAGAAUUUAAAAGGUGACGUUUAGCUCAUUACCGGUUAUUAUAUUUAGGUACCAGGUGAAAUGAGACUAAUGGUGUGUUUCCAUAUCUGAAAUGAAGCUGUGUAGAACAUAACGUAAGAGGCAUCAGUGCCUCCGUUGAGUCUGAGAUGUUACAUUUUUCCCCAAAACUUGUUGUAUUACCUGUGCAUUAGUAUCCCUCAGCUAAUUAAUAAAGGUUUGUUGACUAAAA